CUUGACUGUCGCUCCAGGUAUUUGAUAAUUCUUUUAUUUUUUAUCUAUUUUUUUUCUGUUGUAUUAGCUUGCUUCAAAAGACAUCUUGGUAUUAAUUUAAGCUAUUACGAUUGGUUUCUUCCAUUACUUUUUUCCCCUAUCAUUUGAUGAUAUUUCUUUCUUUCAGGGCAUAUAGACCAUUUCUGUGUCAUACACCAACAUUAUAUGCUGUUUCUCCUUAAAUUAUAUAACUAGCUGCUUUCCUAAAUACGAGCUCUUUUUCCGUUCGUCUUUCUUUUUUGUAGUUUGCUUAAAGUAUAUGGGAUCGCUAUGUUGUAAAGAAGAACCUGUUGACUUGUUGAGCGAAGUUGAGCUUUCGCAUUUUAUAUUGCUAAGAUCAGUAGGAAAAGGCGCUUUUGGUAAGGUUCGCGUUGUUCAACACAAAGGCACAAAAAAGUUAUAUGCACUCAAGUACAUCAACAAAGAAAAAUGCAUUGAUAUGAAUGCUGUAGCCAAUAUUAUUUCAGAACGAAAUUUGCUAGAAUCGAUUGAUUACAGCCUCAUUGUAAAUCUACGUUAUGCGUUUCAAGAUGAUGAAAAUCUAUUCAUGGUAUUGGAUCUCAUGCUAGGUGGUGACUUGCGCUUUCAAUUAGAUCAAAUGGGGACUUUACCAGAGAAAUAUGUCCAGUUUUAUGCUGCUCAGUUAGCAUUGUGCUUAAAUCAUUUGCACAGUCAGCAUAUUAUUCAUAGGGAUAUAAAACCAGACAACAUUCUUUUAGAUGAGAGAGGGCAUGCUCACCUGACAGAUUUUAAUAUAGCAGUUCGAUUGACAGAGAAAAGAAAGUUUCUUACUUCUAUUGCCGGUAGCUUAGCCUAUAUAUCACCUGAGAUACUGAAGAAGCAAGGCUAUUCUUACUCUGUCGAUUGGUGGUCUUUAGGCAUUGUUAUUUAUGAGCUUUUAUACGGCGAGAGACCGUUUCGUGCUAAAUCAAACGAAGAACUUCAGAAACGGAUUAUUUCCAGUCCAAUCGACUUUCCUAAAGAACCAAAAGUUUCCCCUGAAGCAAUCAAUUUUGUACAAGGAUUGUUAACAAGGGAUGUUGAGAAAAGGUUAGGGGUAGGAGAUAUAGGCUUUAAGCAGUUGAAAACACAUCCUUGGCUAAAAUACAUGUGCUGGGAUAUUUUGUCAUCGAAGGCAAUUGGUGCACCAUUUGUUCCAGAUGGGAAAAAGUCCAACUUUGAUCCAACACACGAAUUAGAAGAGGUCUUUUUAGAAGAAAAUCCGCUUAAAGUUAGACAAAGACAAACAAAGAAAAAGGCCUCGAGUGACGACAUGACAACACUAGUAUCUAUGGAUGAGAGACAGUUGCUCGAGCAAAACUUUCUUUCAUACGAUUACACAAAAUCUGAAGAGAAUGAAAAGAGAUGCAGAAGAAAGGCAAGUGGUGCCACAUCAAGCAACUUACUAAGAGAAAAAAUAGAAAGACAAUGCAGAUGGGAAUGGUUCUGGAUUAGUGGAAACGUAUGCAGAUCAUGAUAAUUUGAGAAAAUCGCCUAAUACGGCUUUUGUUGUAUGAUGCACAACGAAGCACCUUCUCCCUUUUUUCAAUAGACAGUGUGCUUCUAUCUCAUUGUCGAGUUCAAAUAAUACUGUUUUACAUGUCCGUUUUUGUGCAUGUGUGACCUGUUAUUAUUCAUUGCUAAAUUCAUUUUCACUAAAGCACAGAGGUUUAGAAAUAGUUGAUUUUACACUUCAAAUUCAGACGAUGAUAGUUUUUUCUGGACGAAUCAAAAUUAAUUUCCAGAUGUUUAACUUGCCUAUUUUGGACGAAGUAAAAAUGG